AACCUCUGCUCGCUCUGAAUGCAGACCCAAGUGCCAAGGGUUUUAUUUAUCCACAAGUGGAAUACCUUUGGCCCUCAAAAUUGGAAUUUUAUAGCCCUAUGGCCAUGUAUAUCGUCGAAAUCUUUCUGCGAGAAAAAGACACGCAAGGAAUCAAUACUAGGUAUAGGCAUCUUCAGAGGUUCAUAGAAGCCGGAGCAGACCUGCAAGAGCGCAUACCGCUUCUUGUUAAUAUCUCUAGAUACGAAUUAGGGGUGGGAAAAGUUGGUUGGGGAGCAGGUUAUAGCCCGUGUGUGGUUUUGGAUUUGGAUCUAGCGUUCCUGGUCAGCGCGUACUCUGAGCGCGCCCGUAAGAAGGGAUCGCCACUCUCUACAGAUGAGAUCGUUUAUCAAUCUCCUGGGAACGCUUCGGAGGACACUUCGUCUCGCAUAGCACUGAUAAGCACCCACGGCGAUUCAAUAAUCCAUAUGACACAUCAUCAGUGGUCAAGCAACGAGGCAACCAAGCAGCUUGUCGCUUUCCUAACACGGUUCCUGUAUGGUGACGACUCUGGGAACUUGGUCCAGAAAGUGGACCACCAGAUGGGCAGGAUUGCUAAGGGAAUUAAUGACGAAUCAAUUGAGUACGAAAGGGUCGUGGAUAGAAGCCUCGAGGAAUUUCUAGCAGAAAAGAAGUUAGGCUAUCGCUUUCUUGACAAAAAUACCGGCGCCGUUAUAUCGAGCUACUUUCUCUGGACGCACUUCUACCAAGAUGUAUCUUUGAGCAAGUCCGGCGGAUUGACCAAUACUUGCCGUUGGGCCUUAGUUCAAAGUCGUCCCGAACAGCAUCAAAAAGGGGCACAUGCCAUUGAACCUACCGAGGAAUACCCUUAUCUUCCAACGGCUGUAAUUCAACGAAUGUAAAGCCUGACGAAUAAUCGGGUGUGUGUAUCGAAUGCCUACCUAGGUUAUAGCCUGUUGAUAAUAUGUUUUGUUCGAAGUAAAUAUGAUGGUACGGCGACUUGGAUAAGGGGGUGCGUCUUCUUCAAUAUCUCAUUUUCGUAUUGAAAUCACCACUUACAACGAACAACCCAACUAACUAAAUUGAAAAAGUAAAUAAAUAAAAAAGCUAAUCAUAACUUUCUGAGUUUUCUUGAAGUAAAUUCAAUAACAAACGUGAUCUAGAAACCCCUUAUCACGAUACCUUCAAAAAUGGCUUUGAGUCUGAUAUGGGCAUCAUCAAGCUAUAACUCUGCUAGACUUAAACACCCUUGUAUAUGAAUACAAUGACCGUUGCGUCAGCGUCGAACAUUAUCACCUCAGCUAUUGAUCCUAUCUUUAAUCUCGAUACCAGUGUCAGACCAGAAGUCAGAAUCGAAUUAGUUAGAGUUGCUAUAUUCGCGGCUUUAGCUCUUUAAACUUCUCCUUGG